AAAAAGACACAAAGUGAACACUUGGAAGACAGAAUCCAUUUUCAGGUAAAACUUUUGAAUUUCAAACACGUGUAUAUAAUCUGUGAUCAAUGGGUUUCUGCUCUUUCUUGGCAGGAAUCCCACAAAUUGCUGUUCUCACCAAAAUCGAUGAAGCCUGUCCUGAAGUCAACAAAGACCUGAAGAAUGUCUACAAGAGCAAACACAUCAAAAAGCAGAUGGAAGCAGUGAGUGCUGUGCUGGGAAUUCCGCUGAACUGCAUCUUCCCAGUGAAGAACUACAGCUCAGAAAUCGAUACAGACGAUGAGAUGGAUUCACUGAUACUGAGCACAAUGAGAAAGAUCCUUGACUACGGAGAAGACUUCCUGAAUGACCAGUCUGCCCCAGAUGAUGAUGGCAUUUAGGAAAUCACCCUCAAUCACAACAUGGAACAUGAUGGAAAACGGUGAUAUUAAAACCACUGACAUUUAACACCUGAAAACAGAACGGAAGCAUGUUAUCAAUGUCAGCAGUAUCACAAUUUGCUUAGUUCUGUAUGAAUAUUCAUGAAUCAAUCAAUCAAUCAAUCAAUCAAUUUAUUUUUGUAUAGCCCAGUAUCACAACAGUUGCCUCAGAGGGCUUCAAGAUGUUACAUUGGUUGGUAAAAAUAAAAACAGUGAA